AGCAGGUGGGCGGGGCUGUGCCCUCGCGCCUUGGCUCCCUGUGCCAUGCGGGGCCGCCUGCCCACCCCCAUAACUUUGUUGCCUGUUCUCUUCCCUGUUCCGGGCCAGGUCUUUGCCAGCUGGCUGCAUAGCAGGCAGUUUCUGCCCUCGCAAGGAUGGAGGCCGAGCAGAUGAUGGAGGGGCAGCCCCAGGUUCCAGAAAACCCCCACGCGGAGUACGGACUCACAGAAAAUGUAGAGAGAAUCGUAGAAAAUGAGAAGAUUAACGCUGAGAAAACAUCAAAGCAAAAAGUGGAUCUUCAGUCAUUACCUACGCGUGCCUAUUUGGACCAAACAGUUGUGCCUAUCUUACUACAGGGACUUGCUGUAUUAGCAAAGGAGAGACCACCAAAUCCGAUUGAAUUUCUAGCAGCAUAUCUUUUAAAAAACAAGGCACAGUUUGAGGACCGAAAUUAAUUCCAUGGGAAAGGGAGGAUAUUUUGGCUGCUAGACUUACAUACUUAUUUACUGAUUCACUCUGUUAUAAAAAUUCUAUGGAAAUGCAAAUAUUGUUUUUCAUAAUCUCACAGUUUCCCUUACCUUUUCCUGAGUUAUUUAAUAAAGUACAUUUUACAUUUCAUUUGCUCAUUUGUCUUACACUAGAUAUUACCUGAUUUCAGAAUAAAGUAUUACAACUGUA